GGAUGCUGCCCAGGCCCCUGCGCCUCCUCCUGGACGGGCCCGGCCCGGGGGGCGUCGUACUGAGCGCCUUCCGGACCCGGGACCCCGAGGGGACCCGGCAUCAGCAGGAGGAGGAGGAGGAACAGGAGGAGGAGGAGGAGGAGGAGGAGGAGCAGCAGGUGAGCGCGCGGGAGGAAGAGGAAGACGGGGCCCUGUUCGCCGUGGUCACCCGCCAGUACCGACCCCUCGACCCCAAGGCCCCGGUGCCCCCGCCUCGCCUGACCCGCCGGCUGCGGGGGGGGACGUUGGCCGCCCUGGUGGGGCACCUCCUGCUGGACGCCCGGACGCCGGGGGCCGGCGACGGGACCUUCGCCGCCACGUUCCUGGGCACCCACCGGGCCUUCGCCACCCCCGAGGCCAUCUUGGAGCUGCUCCUGGACAGGGUGGACGCCGCGGAGUUGGGCCCCAGGGAGGAGCUGGAGGCCACCAGGAGGGCGGCCCUGUCGGUGGUGGGCUCCUGGAUGGCCGCCCACCCGGAGGACUUCGGGCCGGACGUGGCCGGGCAGCGGGAGAGACUGGAGGGCUUCCUGCGGGAGGGGGCCGGGGGCGCCCGCCUCCUCCGGGACCUGCGGGCCCUGGGCGGGGGCCGCCCCGUGACCCCCGACCCCCGACCCCCGGCCCCCGGCCCCCCCAGCGACCCCACCGACGUCCUCAUCUUCCUCGCCGACCACGUGGCCCGGCAGCUGACCCUGAUGGACGCGGAGCUGUUCCUGUCGGUGGUGCCCUGGCAGUGCCUGGGCGGCCUGUGGAGUCAGCGGGCCCGGCCGGGCCACUCGCACCUGUGCCCGUCGGUCCGCGCCACCGUGGCCCAGUUCAACCGGGUGGCGGGGGCCGUGGUGAGCUCUGUACUGGGCGUCACCGGGGGCCCCCCGCCCGCCGCCCGCCUCGCCCCGCGACCCCUGAGGCCUCCCCAGAGGGCACGCCUGCUCGAGAAGUGGAUCCGGGUCGCCGAGGAGUGCCGCCUGCUGCGAAACUUCUCCUCUCUGUGCGCCAUCGUGUCCGCCCUGCAGUCCAGCCCCGUCCACCGCCUCCGGGCAGCCUGGGCUGAGACGGGCAGUCGAGAGAGGGGUGUCUUCUCCAGCCUCUGUGAGAUUUUCUCCGAGUCGGACAACUACUCCCAGAGCCGGGAGCUGCUGCUACAGGAGAACGCCCCGCGGCCGGCCUCGGAGCUGACCCCGAAGAGGCAGACCAGGCCCGACGAGCCCCCCGGCGGGGUGGUCCCCUACCUGGGCACCUUCCUGAAAGACCUGGUGAUGUUGGACGCCGCUGCCCCGGACACCCUGGAGAACGGUUACAUCAACUUCGACAAGAGGAGAAAGGAGUUCUCGGUGCUGAAGCGUCUCCGGGGGCUGCAGGCCCGGUGCCGGGGCUACCACCUGCCCGGCCCGGACCCCGAUUUCCAGCAGUGGCUCCGCCGCCUCCCGACCCUCACCGAUGCCCAGAGCCACCAGCUGUCCUGCGAGGUGGAGGGGCCCGCGCUCAGCGAAGGGCCCGAGCCCCCCGCCCCGCGCUCCCUGCGGCCCACCCUCGUCAUCACGCACUGCACAGACCUCCUGAGCGUCGUCGGGGGUCCUUCGGCCUUGGCCUCGUGGGACAAGGCUGCCGCCAUGCUGCAGCAGCGGAAGUGGCCUUCGGCCUCCUCCUUGGACUCGGCGCUGGAGGGGACCCCGCCGCCCCCGGACCCCCAAGGAGGAGGAGGAGGAGGAGGAGGAGACCCCCGGGCCGGCCCGGCCGCCCUGGACCCCUCGACGCCAGGCCCGGGCCUGCGCGGGCACCGGCGAUCGGCGUCGUGCGGGUGCCCGCUGGGCCGGGGGUCCCCCGGGGGGUCCCCGGGGGUCCAGGGGGGUCCCCGGGGGUCGGACGGCCGCAUCGUCCGCGUCCGCAUGGAGCUGGGACACGACGGGACCCUCUACAAGAGCCUGCUGGUGAGCAGCCAGGACAAGGCCCCGGGCGUGGUGCAGGCGGUGCUCAAGAAGAACAACCGCGACCCCGCCGACGCCCCCCAAUAUCAGCUCGUCCAGCUCCUGCCGGGGCGCCGAGAGCUGGCCAUCCCUCCCUCGGCCAACGUGUUCUACGCCAUGGACGGCUCCAGCCUGGACUUCGUGCUGCGCCGCCGCCGACCUUCGAACCCGGCCGCGGCGGCCCCGACGCCGGCCCCGCACGACGCCCCGCACGACGGCCCCGGCGGGGGCUCCUUCCCCCGGAUCAAGGCCACCGGACGGAAACUGGCCCGCGCCCUCUUCUGAGCAGGAUUCGAACUCAGUACCCCGGUGGGGCGGAUACAACGAAGGGCAACACAGGGGAGCCACUUCCGGCCACGCCCCCGGGAAAGCGCGGCAA